UUGUGGUGCCACGGGAAUGGUGGCUUCCAUAAACAAUACUCGGCUCAAGGCCAGAGGUGAGGGCCAGCACCAAAACGCCCACAACUUCAGGAAUCAGAACUUUGAGGAUCUUCGAGCAACAUGUCUAAGGAAGGGGAAACUGUUUGAGGACCCCUUUUUCCCUGCUGAGCCCAAGUCUAUAGGCUUCAAGGAUCUGGGCCCCAGCUCUAAACAGGUGCAGAACAUCCACUGGCAGCGGCCCAAGGAUAUCACGAGUAACCCCCAAUUCAUUAGGAAUGGGAUCUCUCCCACAGACAUCUGCCAAGGAGUCCUCGGGGACUGCUGGCUGCUGGCUGCCAUUGGCUCCCUUACUACUUGCCCCAAUCUGCUGUACCGGGUGGUGCCCAAGGGCCAGAACUUCAAGAAAAACUAUGCUGGCAUCUUCCAUUUCCAGCUUUGGCAAUUCGGGCAGUGGAUAAACGUGGUGGUGGACGACCGACUACCCACUAAGAAUAACAAGCUGGUGUUCGUGCAUGCCGCCCAGCGCCAGGAGUUCUGGAGCCCUCUGCUGGAGAAGGCCUAUGCCAAGCUGAGCGGCUCCUACGAAGCACUGGCGGGAGGCAGCACGAUAGAGGGUUUCGAGGACUUCACAGGCGGUGUGGCCCAGAGCAUUCGGCUCCGGAAGCCCCCUAAAAACAUGCUAAGGCUCCUCAGAAAAGCCGUGGAGAAGUCUUCCCUUAUGGGCUGUUCCAUUGAAGUCAUCAACAGUAGUGACUUUGAAACGACGAACCAUAAUAUGCUGGUGAGAGGGCAUGCAUACGCGGUAACUGGCCUUGAGAAUAGCCAAGGAGUGGGAUGACGUGAGUGCGGAUGUCCAGACACACCUGCUUCGGAAGAAGGAAGAUGGGGAGUUCUGGAUGUCCUAUGACGACUUCAUGAGCAACUUCACACUCCUGGAGAUCUGCAACCUGACUCCAGAUGCACUGUCACCCCGGGAACACAGAAGCAGCUGGCACACAACCUUCUACGAGGGCAGCUGGAGAAGGGGGAGCACGGCCGGAGGCUGCAGGAACAACCACGACACAUUCUGGAGCAACCCUCAGUUUAAGAUCUCUCUCCCGGAGGGCGACGACCCGGAGAACGGGUCUGAGCAAAGCGAGGUGGUCUGUACCUGCCUGGUGGCCCUGAUGCAGAAGAACUGGAGGCAUGCCCGGUCCCAGGGGAGCCAGCUGCUCACCAUAGGCUUCGUCAUCUUCUCGGUUCCAAAGGAGUUUCAGAACCUCCAGGACAUCCAUCUGAAGAAAGAGUUCUUUGUGAAAUAUAAGGACCAUGGCUUUUCAGAGGUCUUCACCAACACACGGGAAGUGAGCAGCCAUCUUCAGCUGCCUCCGGGGGACUACAUCAUUGUUCCCUCCACCUUUGAACCCCAUAAAGAUGCUGACUUCCUGCUUCGGAUCUUCACAGAGAAACACAAUGAGACCUGGAUGCUGGAUGAAGUCAACUGGAUCGAGCAUUUCGAAGAGGAGACCAUCUCUGAGAAGGAGUUGGACCAGAAUUCCAUCCACUUGUUUGAGAUGGUGGCAGAUGAGGACAAGGAAAUCGAUAUGUAUGAGCUGCAGAAGCUCCUCAACAAGAUGUCGAGUAAAUUCAAGAACUUCAAGACUAAGGGCUUUAGCUUGGAUGUCUGUCGCCGUAUGGUCAACCUCAUGGAUAAAGAUGGUACUGGCAAGCUGGGUUUUCUGGAGUUCCAGAUCCUGUGGAAAAAGAUCAAGAAAUGGACGGACAUCUUCAAAGUGUGUGAUGAGGACCACUCUGGGACCUUGAACUCCUACGAGAUGCGCUUGGCAAUAGAGAAAGCAGGCAUUAAGAUGAGCAAUAAGGUAACUGAAGUGGUGGUAGCUAGGUAUGCAGAUGAUAACAUGAUCGUGGACUUUGACAGCUUCAUCAACUGUUUCCUAAGGCUAAAGGCCAUGUAUGGGUUCUUCCUAUCCAUGGACCCCAAGAAAACUGGUACUAUUUGCUUGAAUAUAGAGCAGUGGCUGCAGAUAACCAUGUGGGGGUAGGGAGAUGCGAAGCCUGGCCCCCUCCUUCUGCUGGCUGGGCUCCGCCAGGACGGUUGGUGCUACUUGCUCUCCAGUGCCCUAGGCGCAGAGUUUAUUCCGUGCCCAGCUCUGGGCUCAUGGAAGCUCUAACCACCAACCCCUCCACACCCACCCCUUAGCACUCUCAUGCCCUGAGUGUGUUGACUAAAAAUUAGGUGGACUCUUCCCCAGUUUUCCGUGGGGAAGGCAGCCUUGCAGCCAGCUUAGUGCCCCCCAACAUCUUGUCAACUCACACCUGUCUUCUAGCCAGAGUCUUUUUGCUGGAAUAUCCAUUGCUACCCCACCGCACCCCACCCUGCUGCCAUGGACAUUAUUCUAAUAAAAUUACUCUA